AUGGUUCGCAAUGUAAAAUACACCAGUAGCGAUGUGGUCAUCCCAGAUUCAUUCCUCACUGCUCCUCCCUCCGCUCCCAUAACAUCUCAUCACAUUGACUUUGCCUCAUCUCCUCUACCUCAGUAUGAGGGUCACACCGCCCUCAUUCUCGACAACGUCCUAUCUCCCCAAGAAUGCCGCGAGCUACUCUCUCUCGCUGAGGCUUCUGUGCCUCGACCAGAAGGCUCUUCAGCCUGGAGACCGGCGCUGGUGAGUCUCGGCCCUGGGUGGGAGGCUCCAGCGCCGGGAUAUCGUGAGAGUGACCGCAUUAUCUGGGACCAGCAGACCAUCGUUGAUCGGCUGUGGGAACGGUGCGCUCAAGCUGAGGGCCUGCGUGAGCUUCUAGCUGUGAUCCCACCUGAUCCCUACAUGCGUGGAGGAAAAUGGAAAUUCAGCCGGUUUAACGAGCGAAUGCGAUAUCUCAAGUACACUCCCGGCCAGUACUUUAAGCCUCACUGCGAUGGCCCCUAUUACUAUACUGAAGGCCCAGGCAUCGAGUAUGAGACCUUUUACACAGUCCACCUCUAUCUCAAUGACUCAAAGGAACACAACCCUGAGUCAGAUCUCGAAGGCGGCGCAACUUCUUUUCUAGAGAUGAGAGGUGAUAACAGGCUUGACGUGAACCCCAAGCAAGGCAGUGUGCUCAUCUUCCAGCACAAGGGUCUCUACCAUGAGGGAGCAACGGUUGUCAAGGGUACAAAGUACACCAUGAGAACCGACAUUCUCUACAAAUGGGUUCCCGACAAUGAAGAAACAUCAGAAGGCAAAGAUGAUUAA